AUGUUUAAAUCCCUGAUAACCAAGUUACAUUGUGCCCAAACAUCGCGUACGUUUCACACCACCGCCUGCAUGAAUGAGGUGCGCCUCCUGAGCCGGCUAAGAGUGGUCGACAACUCGGAGAUCGGUAAAAGAGCCAUGGCUGAAGGAAAACCUCCUAAAGUUAUAUGUGUUUACAACAAGAAACAUGUGGGCUACAUUGGGGACAGAGUGUUGGUAGCUAUCAAGGGUCAAAAGAAGAAAGGUAUCUUAGUGGGUUUGAAACAGAAACAAAAUGUUAAAGUGCCCAAGUUUGACAGUAACAAUGUGGUGCUAAUAGAUGACAAUGGAACCCCACUAGGCAACCGCAUCCAUGUUCCAAUCCCCACUAUACUGAGGACCAUUCUCAAAGAGAAGACACAUUCUAAAGGAGCAGACUACACCAAACUCUUAGGAAUAGCAACAAGAUUUGUAUAG